CAAAAAAACAGUGAACAUUUGAAGAGAAGACAGUUAUAUCACAGAUCACUGGUAACACUCACACAAGUUAAGGUUUUUGACAGAAAAACAAACCAAAUAAAGUCCAUGCAUGUGCGACUCUUUUAUUUGUAAAAGAUAUUGAUCAAUAUGAAUUUACUACCAAAAAGCCACAAAGAAUUUAGCGAGAAGGAUUAUUGGAAUAAAUUCUUCAAGAAACGUGGGAACCAAGCCUUCGAAUGGUAUGGAGAAUAUUUAGAACUGUGCGGACAGCUGCAUAAGUACAUAAAACCGAGAGAUGUCAUAUUAAUACCGGGUUGCGGUAACUCGGGACUGAGUGCCGACCUAUACGAUGUCGGCUAUGAACACAUCACUAACAUUGAUGUUUCAGAAGUAGUUAUCAAGCAAAUGAAAGCCAUAAAUUCUCAUAGAACAGGAAUGAAGUUUCUCUGUAUGGACGCUUUGAACACAACAUUUUCCGACGAUGAAUUUAAUGUAGUUCUCGACAAGGGUACAUUAGAUGCUCUAAUGCCGGAUGACUCCGAGGAAACGGUAAAGUCCAUAGACAAAUACUUUCACGAGAUCAAAAGAGUUUUGAAGCUUGGAGGUCGGUUUGUGUGUAUAACUUUGCUACAAAGCCAUAUACUUAGCAAGUUGUUGGAAACUUUUUGCGAUAACUCGUGGAUGUUCCGCGUGGUGAGAUGUCACGAGGCUGAGGAGAAGAAUGCGGAGAAUGCUGACGGUCCAACUCUGCCAGUGUUUGUUGUUGUCGCCACCAAGUUCAGAGCAAUGCCACAACAGAUUCUUGAAGUAUGUAUGGCUGGAGACAAGAUGAUAAGGCUACAGACAGCAGAUGAGGUGAAGAGCUAUGUCAAGUCUGCCCAAGAUACCGCAUUUGUCACCAAUGGACUUGCCAAGACCAGUCUCGAUGAAGAUGAAGUAUCCUUGGAUCUAAUGCAACCGGGCGAUGACAACCCACGGUACACAUUAUAUGUGGUUGACCAGAAGCGGUCACAGGCUAUCAACAAAUAUGCAGUAUUCAUUGUCCCGCAAGGCAGGUCAGUUAUAGAAAUAGAUACUGGUCUUAAUUUAUAUUCAUUCUUAGUGCUAAAAUAAAUACAAAUAAUACCUUCACAAUGUUCAAAUCCCAGCCUGAACAGUCUGAACCUGAGACUACUGGCUAAAUGCGCCAUUCAGUUUUUCUUAAUAAGCCAACCAAGAGUUUAAAUUGGUUUAUUCAAUCAUGACUCGUCUUGUGGCGCUUAUCUGCUAUCUGAGUGCUUCAUCAGUAAUUAGGAAAAUGUUCAACAGGAAAAGUAAAUGAGUGAAUAGUAAAUUAUCUUGAGUUCUUCUACAUUUCAUCUC